AUGUCCCGUCUGGUUGCCAGUGGUGUUGCCUGUGUCUGUGCGAGGGGACAUCGGGUAGAUCCAACAGUGCCGAAUCAAGACGAUUUGGUGCUGGCGAUGUGCUCGUGGGGCGAUCAAGGGAGUGUCGCGCUGUACGGCGUUUUCGAUGGCCAUGGACCCGCUGGACAUCGUUGUGCUGCGAUAGCUCGAGGCUUCCUGCCUGAGCGAAUCUUUGGAGACCCAGAGCUUCUCGUGAACCCACCAGAGGUUCUGAAAGCGGCUUUCUCCGAAGCUCAGCAGGAGAUGCUCAGGCAGGUGCCGGCAGAUGCGUACAGCAGUGGGACCACUGCCACCGUUGCGCUAGUGCUUCGGGGAGGCACGCAAAGUCAGGAUACAGAGUCUUCUAAGAUGACAGCUGGCACCACCGUGCACACUGCCCACGUGGGUGACUCUCGCGCGAUCCUGGCUCGGCUGUCCGACGCGGCAAAUGGCGGCAAGUGCUUCAUAGUCAAAGAACUCACGAAAGAUCACCGGCCGGACGAUGAAGGGGAGGCCCAGCGGAUCAAAGAUGCCGGAGGGCACAUCUGCAUGGGCGGUGGCAAGCGCGCCAGGGUCAUUUGCGAGUCUGUCCCCGGCCACCCCGGCUUUGCGCUCACUCGCUCGCUGGGUUUGGCUAUUGGCCGUGAUUGUGGCAUCAGCGCUGAGCCACAGGUGGUCUCUCAUCAGUUGCCGGCUGACGCGGAAGCGCUUCUUAUCUUAGGAACCGAUGGCCUGUUCGAGUUUUGCGGGAGUCUGCCUGGCUUGUUGCUCCAGAGUCAGUCUCCAGCAGCGAAACCUUGGGCCCCAGAUCAACUUCUUGAGUCUCCCUCCUGCUGUCCAGAUAUGGCAUAUGUCCGAAUUGGACUAGAGCCCCUCUAA